AUGAAUACUCUCCAGCGCACAAUUCCCAGGGCGAUCAAGGUUGCUGGAGUGGCUGGCUUUGCAGGCCUGGGCAUGUAUUACACGAAGCUGUAUUCAACGGCAUUUGCGGAAUCGAAUGAGCCAAAGACGGUCUUCUCUGGGCUAGGACUCACCACUUUGCGCUUGCAGAGCAUCAGAACCGACGCCGCACUACUAGCAAUCACACAUCCUGAAGGGAGCUGGCUUCCCACGAUUCGACCAUAUACACCUAUAAGUGACUUAGACGAACCAGGCCAUAUUGAACUUAUGGUCAAGAAAUACCCAGACGGGAAGGCCAGCGGUUACUUGCACUCCUUGAAACCAGGAGACUCACUUAGGUUUGCGACUUCAUUGAAAGGAUAUCAGUGGAAGCCGAAUGAGUUCUCCCACGCCUAUCUCUUGGCUGGCGGGGCUGGAAUUACGCCAAUUUAUCAACUUAUAAAAGGCAUCCUGAAGAAUCCUCAUGAUAGAACGAAGCUGACUCUUGUAUUUGGCGUCAACUCCGAGGAAGAUCUACUGUUGAAGGAGGAACUUGAUCGCUAUGCCACAGAGUUUCCUGACCGCUUUAACUACAUUUACACUGUCAGCCGUCCACAAAAGGAGAAAUCUCCUUAUAGAACAGGAUACAUUGACGAAGAACUUCUAAAGAGCGUUUUUAAGGGUUCGACACAGGAUACAAAGGUAUUCAUUUGCGGUCCUCCGGCGAUGGAAGAUUCCCUGGCUGGAACAAGAAGAUCUCCUGAGGGGAUCCUGAGUCGAUUGGGUUUCUCGAAGGAUCAGACUACAGUGUCAGUAACCGCAAAGAUGAGCGGACAGAACAAAGCGUUAUAUCCGGAGCCCAAUGUACUGACCUCCUCUUUGAACGUGGGAGCCGUGAGUGGAUCUGCUGGCCUCGUAUAUGGGGGAAUAUCAGGAGUAAUUCGGUCCCCUCAUCCGGUCAUUCAUUCUAUCUCUUGCGGAAUCCACUGGUUUGCAUGUGGAGCCUCCUUUUGGUGGUUGAGAAGCAACAUUCUGAAGCUUCACUAUGAAGACAAGGCUACCCCUAAGCAACGGGCUUAUGUCAGCGCCCUCUCUGGAGGAGUUGCCGGAGGGGCCGUUACGAGGCUAAUGGGCGGGCGACUUGUCCCUGGACUAGUUGUUUUUUCGCUACUAGGCUAUGUCGGGCAAAGCUCUUAUAAUGCGAUCGACACCUGGCAAAUGGAGAACGCGAAUACGACGUCUAAGCCGUUCCUGCAGCGGAUGGCCGACUCCAAAUGGAUCCCGCUCAAGUCACUCUCGGAUGACGAUUACAGGGGUAUUUUGAACGAGAAAGUGUUGAGUAUCGAGGCUGAAAUCGCACUCAUUGACGACAAGAUCGGGGAGCUUGAAAAGUUAAAGACUAGUGGACUCGAAUCGGGCAAUUCGGAUCCUGCAGCUAAGUAG